GUUGAGAUAAUUUAUUUGAUUUUGCCUUAGAAACGCCUUUUCCCAGAUUUUAAGGACUAGUUUGCAAUUUAACCCAAAACCUUCAACCAAAAUCACCAACUUCCUCAACAACCGAUGGGUCCUUAAACGAUUCGAAGACGCAGCAUCAGAUACAAUCUUCUAUGUCGCAACCGCCAUCACCGCCGGAGAUGGAUAUCCAACCGCCGGCAUUGCUCGACGACGAUCCAUCCUCCGCCACGUGGGAUUGGGGAGAUCUCCUUGACUUCGCCGUAGACGACGACCAACUACUCUUCUCUCCCCUUCCUCCGGCGAUGAUUACGACGCAAUCUGAAUCGUAUCCUUCUCCAGAUGAAUCGGGCUCGGGCUCGGAUCGGGUCAGGAAGCGUGACCCGAGGCUGCUCUGUUCCAAUUUCGUGCAAGGGAUGGUCCCGUGCUCGUGUCCGGAGCUCGAUCAGAAGCUCGAGGAGGCCGAGCUGCCGAAGAAGAAGCGGGUUCGAGGCGGGUCGGGCGUGGUUAGGUGUCAGGUCCCGGGUUGUGAAGUGGAUAUAAGCGAGCUCAAAGGGUACCAUAAAAGGCAUAGGGUUUGUCUCACGUGUGCUAACGCUAGCUCCGUUGUGCUUGAGGGAGUGGAUAAGAGAUACUGUCAACAGUGUGGAAAGUUCCAUGUGCUCCCGGACUUUGAUGAGGGAAAACGCAGCUGUAGGAGAAAGCUAGAGCGUCACAAUAACAGGCGCAAAAGGAAACCUGUAGAUAAAGGAGGAGUUGCUUCAAAACAACAGCAAGUGUUAUCACAGAAUGAUAACAGCGUAAUUGAUGUUGAUGAUGGCAAAGAUAAUACAUGCUCCAGUGACCAGAGAGUGGAACAAGAGGCUUCAUUGAUUUCUGAAGAUCGGAAUAUUCCCACUCAGGGUUCUGUACCCUUUCCCCAUAGCAUCGACGCAGACAACUUUGUCCCUGUUACAGCUUCGGGUGAAGCUCAACCAGAUGAAGGAACGAAUGACACAAAGUUUGAACCUUCACCUUCCUGUGGUGACAACAAAAGUGCUUACUCAACUGUGUGCCCUACAGGACGGAUCUCUUUUAAGCUAUACGAUUGGAAUCCAGCAGAGUUCCCACGGAGACUACGUCAUCAAAUAUUCCAAUGGUUGGCCACCAUGCCUGUUGAGCUGGAGGGCUAUAUCCGUCCAGGAUGUACAAUUUUGACUGUCUUUAUCGCAAUGCCAGAGAUUAUGUGGGCGAAGUUGUCUAAAGAUCCGGUGGCAUAUCUUGAUGAAUUUAUUCUUAAACCUGGAAAGAUGCUAUUUGGAAGAGGCUCGAUGACUGUAUAUUUGAAUAACAUGAUAUUCCGUCUUUUGAAAGGUGGAACAACUUUAAAAAGAGUUGAUGUGAAAUUAGAGUCACCGAAACUUCAGUUUGUGUAUCCAACAUGUUUUGAAGCUGGAAAACCAAUGGAACUCAUUGUUUGUGGACUUAACCUUGUGCAACCCAAAUGCCGGUUUCUUGUGUCUUUUUCUGGGAAGUACUUACCACAUAACUAUUCUGUUGUACCUGCACCGGACCAGGAUGGGAAGCGUUCUUGUAACAACAAACUGUACAGGAUAACUAUUGUGAAUUCUGACCCUAAUCUCUUUGGCCCUGCAUUUGUCGAGGUUGAAAAUGAAUCUGGCCUAUCAAAUUUCAUACCUCUAAUAAUUGGAGAUAAAGCUAUCUGUUCUGAAAUGAAACUAAUAGAGCAGAAGUUCAAUGCUACACUCUUUCCAGAGGAACAGGACGUUACCGCAUGCUAUUGUUCUUUGACUUGCCGUUGCAGGGAUUUCAAAGAGAGGCAAAGCACCUUUACUGGCCUCUUGUUAGAUAUUGCAUGGUCAGUGAAGGUGCCCUCAGCAGAAUGCACUGAACUAACCGUGAACCGAUGUCAGAUAAAACGAUACAACCGAGUGUUGAAUUAUUUGAAACAAAGUAGUAACUCGCCCUCAAUCUUAGGAAACAUACUGCACAAUCUGGAAACUUUGGUGAAGAAAAUGGAUCCAGGCAGUCUCAUUCACAGUAAAUGUGACUGCGACGUGAGGCUUCUACAUGAGAAUAUGAAUCUAGCCAGAAAGCAGCAGAGCGAUGAAGAUUCAAAGGUGAAUCCAGUUACAUCAGCGUGCUGUUGUGAGAGCAGUUUUCAUAAAGACAAACCAUCAAGAACAUUAAACUUCAAUCAGGAUCCGGAAGCAGGAUUAGAUUGUAAGGAGAGGAUACAAGCGGCUACACCAGAUACUGGUGGAAAAGAAACGGAUCCUCUUUUAGAGAAAGAGAUUGUUAUGAACGUAAGUGACAUAGGAGACUGGCCGAGGAAGUCCUGUAUACCAAUACACUCUGCCCAAACAAUCAGGUCCCGUCAAACUGCUUUCUUAAUCACUACAUUCGUUGUCUGUUUUGCGGUCUGUGCGGUUAUCUACCAUCCAAACAAGGUUGCACAGCUUGCAGUGGCGAUCCGAACGAGAUUGGCUCACAAACUUUGA